AUGUCUAAUGAUAUUGAAAAUCUGCUUAGUAAAAAAAUCAAAAAAUCAAUUUUUUACUCAAUACAACUUGACGAAUCUACUGAUAUAAAUAAUAAAGCUAUAUUAUUGAUGUAUGUGAGAUAUGUAGAUACUGAUCUGAACGAUAUACAAGAAGAGUUUUUCUGUUGCUUAAAUUUAAAAACAUACUGUACUUCCGAAGACAUUUUCAAAACCAUUUCAUUUAAUUUACAAAAAAUUAAUUUACAAUUUUCUAACUGUAUUGGUAUUUGUACUGAUGGAGCUGCAGCUAUGACCGGAAAAUGUAAUGGUCUUGUCACACGCGUUCAACAAAUUGCUCAUAAAAACAUUAUAUCAACACACUGUUUCAUCCAUCGUGGGCAAUUAGCCGCUAAAAAUAUAAACGAAAACCUAUUUGACGUUCUAAAUAUAUGCAUAAUUGCAUAA